CUAUUGGUAUGGGUAUGGAUAUGGGUAUGGGUAUGGGUUUGGGUUUGGUUGUGGUUGUCACUCGUGCAUCUCGCUCGAUAUUACGCAUCGGUCUGUUCCACAGCAUGUCUUCUUCUUCUGCUUCUUCCUCCAAGGGGCAAACCACGCUUGCCAAUAAUUUCCGAGAUGUUUCCAUAUUGGAUAGUUAUUGCCCAUGGCUAUUACUAAGCCCUCGAAUGACUUGACAUGUUGCAGAAAUGGGGAGCGGAGUUGUGUAGUCCAUGCUGCAGUCUCCUGGGAAGUGCCGAUUCGAUAUGCAGCCAUCCUGCCUGCUUGCAUGAUUGCACGUCUGUCAGCAUAUCGAACAAAAUGCCGUAUCCAAUCCAAGGUGCCAAAGCGUGCAAAACGCAAACGACGGAACGGACCCAACAUCGGGGAAAGGGAAAGGGGACAAAAGAGUGUACUCUGUGCCUUCAAACAUGCAGAACCAUAAACGAAGGGUUUCUUGAAGCCGUCAUCAUCGGAUGCGGUCCGCAUGUGAAACAUAAUCCAGCAGAUAACACCCCUGAUUGGGCCGGUUCCUCCAUGCUUUUGACUCUGGCUGUUGCUAAUUCGAGCGAUAUGGCGGUUUUUCUACCGUGUUCCCGCGCCUCUUCCCUCGACACAUCACAUCCAUCCAUAUCAAUCCUUCCUUCUUCACCGUUUGGGUACUACCCACCACGACUGUGUCACAUUGCACCGGGAUUGCUCCUCUUUCCCAACUCAACACCAUCGACCACAACCGGAUUAUAAACAUGGAAAACGUUUCGCUCCACCGGGGCGGCAUAUACGAGUGAAACAAGGCGAGCCGCGCGCCAUCUCAAACAUGGCAACUAAUGGACUCUUUCCCUCGCCCACACACCCACUACCACUACCACCAAUAUUAUCACACGCUGCUUCCUCUUUGCUGCUUCCCACGUAGCUGUAGCUAUAUCCGUAGCCUCGUCUACG